ACAUAAAAAAGAUCAAUAAUUUUAAACAGAUAGAUGUAAAAACAGUAUAAAAAUAACAAUACUAGAUUCAUCACUGUGCACUACAAAUCACUAAACAGUUCAAAAAAUUGUCAAAAGGUUAUAUUACUAAACGUAAUAUUUAAUAAUAUGUAAUAAUCUCGGGAUAGUAUUCGAGUGAUUUUUAAAGCAAGUAUUGAAAUUAAUAUUUAAAAUGCAAAUAUAAAUGGUAUUUUUUAAUUUACAACUAUAAAGAAUGAUAAUCAAAAUGUGGUCUACACGGUGUUAUGCCAGCCUCCUUAGCAAUGCAAAACAAAUUAAUGUUAUAAAGAAUAUUUUUAAAAAACGAUUUUCAUCUCAAGGUAGUGACAUUGUAGAUAGUCAUAAAAAAACAGAAAAUGUAAAUAAUUCAAUUAAUCCCAAUGCACAUUCUUCAUCGAUUGAAUCUAAACUUGCGGAAAGAGGUUAUGUUGAAAAAGCAUGGAAUUUAGAAAAUGAAGUUAUACCUGUGCAAAAUUUACAAGAAACUCAAUCAAACAGUUCUGAUUUGAUUCAAAAAAUAAUAACUAAUUCAGAUGAUUUAAGUAUUUAUGAAGAUUAUAUCAAAUUACCUAAAGCUUUGGACGUGUGUAACGAAGACAUUUCUCAUAUUGGAAGUUAUCAACUUCCUAGUUUUAAUAUAGCAAAAUUUGCAAACAGUUCUGAAACUAUUCAAAGAUUAAUAAAGCUUGGUGUCAAAUUAUAUAAACAUGAAACUGAUACAGAACUGAUGGAAUUUUUGUUGAGUAAAGAUUUUGAAAAAGAUCUAUUUCCAUAUAUAAGAUUCUUACACGAUUGCGGUGUACCUGGUGAAUACUUAGGUAAAUUCUUCAGUAAAAAUCCAUAUCUAUUUAAAGUGGACAUGGAUGAUUUACAUACGAGAAUAAGAUAUUUGAGAUUUCAUCAGUUCGAUAUAAAUAUGAUUAAAGAGAUCAUUUGCACUAAUCCUAAAUGGUUAAAUUAUUCCACUAAGAUUAUAGAUACAAGGCUAGGAUAUUUUCAAACGACUUUUCGUCUCAGUGGGAAACAAGUAAGAAAAUUGACGACUAAAAAUUCGAAACUGAUAACAUAUAAGAUGAGUCACAUAAGAGAAAAUACAUUUGUUGUCAAAGAACUAAUGGGUUUUAAUCCAUACGAAAUGAAAACGAUACUAUUAAAUCAACCUAAAAUAUGGAUGAAAUGUAGAAAAAAUAUAAUCAGUACAUUUGAUUAUGCGCAUAAUGAGAUGAAAUUAUCUCAUGAAUUUAUUUCAUCUCAACCAUACGUUUUGUUAUGCAGAAAACGUAGAUUAGAGCAGAGGCAUAAGUUUUUGGUAAAGUUGGGUAGAGCGCAAUACGAUCCAACUAAACCGAUGUAUGUUUCACUCAUAGCUCUAAUUGGUGGCACGGAUGACCAAUUUUGUCAAAAUGUAGCAAAAACAUCUAGAGAGACUUAUGAUUUAUUUUUAAAAUCUAUGUAAUUGUCUUACAAUUAAUUGUAAAUAAAAAAUGUUAUUUUAUAUAGA